CAAAGCUCUCGUAUACCAAAUCUUUUUAUUAGCUUGGUUCGCAACUGGUUUGCCAAAAUGAGUAUUUAUUUUCUUAUACCUACCAUAUAUCAUUUGACAAGGAUAGACAUAGAAGAUUCGCCGGUUCAGCAAAAAAGAAAAGUUGUCCAACUCAAUGGAUCCCUUUCAACUUGUCAUCUUAAUAUAAACUUGAAAGUGCACAUCGAAGCUAAAAUAAAGAACAUGAACGAAAAACAUUAUGUUAAAAGUUUUUAUCAUUUUGGAUUUGGAAUCAAAAAGGAUAAAUACCGGGUGUUCUUGUAUUAUCAAAAGUCUAUUGAGAUGGAAGAUUUUGAUCGUGGACUUGGAGUCAGAAAUAAAGUGUUUAUUUUUUUUCAAAAAUCGGAUAUCGCUAGUGGAAUCAAAG